GAAUUUGUAGAUUCAUGUGAACCGUGGUUUCGGAAGAAACGUACGAACGGUGAAACUUCAUGAGGUGCAGAAAAUCGUUCGCGGUAGUUCGAGCAAUGAAUUGGUGAACAUCGACACAAAUUUGAUUCAACAACUGCAAGCGAUCUCUGACGAGCCGCAGGAAUUGAGUAAAAGCAUUAGCGCUGACGGAAGUCCUGUAUUGCCUAUUCCACAGUUUUCUCACCGUGUAGAGACAUUGGCUGGAAAUCAUUUGUUAUCGGUUCAUGAACUUAGCAAGACGGCGGGCUUCGUAAUGGCGUCGUUAUUCUAUGAAGUGUCGACACGCACAUCGUGUUCGUUUUCUGCUGCUAUGCAACGUCUUGGUGGUAGUGUAAUCUCAAUGGAUAGCUACUCAUCAUCCGUACAAAAAGGCGAAUCCCUUGAAGAUUCUGUUACGGUGAUGGCCAAUUAUGCUGAUGUUGUUGUUCUUCGUCAUAAGGAAACAGGUGCGGCUACUCGAGCAGCUGCCGUCUCAUCCCGUCCGUUAAUCAACGCUGGCGAUGGAACUGGAGAACACCCAACGCAAGCCUUGCUGGACGUGUACACAAUACGUCAAGAAAUUGGUACAGUUAAUGGUCUUACGAUUGCCAUGGUAGGCGAUCUGAAACACGGUCGCACAGUGCAUUCCUUAGCGAAGUUGUUGUGUUUCUAUAAGAAUAUUACACUGCAUUAUGUCAGUCCAACUCCUGAACUUGGUAUGCCCGAGUCUGUUACAGACUAUGUGGACAAAAAAGCUGGUUUUCUUCAGUGUCAGAGUCCGAACUUGAUGCUUGUUCUAGUCGUAACAAAGCUAUUAUUACAGAAAGUAUUCAGUUCACUGCAACAAGGCAUCCAAAACGUGGACGUGGUUUACAUGACAAGAAUUCAAAAAGAGCGCUUUUCUAGUGUAGAAGAAUAUAAUAAGAUAAAAGGGAGUUACACAUUAACAGCAAAACUGCUGAACGCAGCUGCUCGACCAAAAGACUUUGGUGGAAGUGUCCUUGGACCUAGUCGCAACCUUCCUAUUAUCAUGCAUCCAUUGCCGCGAGUCGACGAGAUCAGCACUGAAUUGGAUCACGAUGAUCGAGCCGCAUAUUUUCGUCAGGCAGAAAAUGGAAUGUACGUUCGAAUGGCUAUAUUAGCGAUGAUACUAGGAAAAUCACCUUUGCCGCCAUCUGCGUAA